AUGGAACUUCCAGAAAAAAUAUACGCAUGCAUAAAUUGCAAAAAUACGAAGAGAAAAUGUGAAGGUGUAAAAGUAAACUUUGAUGAUAAUGAAUAUGAACCGAAAUUGACUUACUGCAAGAUGUGUUUAGAAAAGAAAGUAGAAUGUAUUAUUACUACUCCUCAUUGCGUUUUAUGCAAGAAGAAAUUUGGCAAAAACGAAACUAUUGGUCUUUGUCUAGGAUGUAAAAUGUCUCGAAUGUUAGAAAUAAGUAUUUCAAGGCAUGAGCAAACAAUUUUAGCUUUUGAAAAUAUCAUUUCAAGAUUGGAGCAAACCACUCCAAUUUCGGAAUCAAUUCAUUCGGCCAUCUUAAUAUUAAGAGAUGAGAAAUCAGUGACAGAGCAAGUAAUUCGAAAGCUUAGACAACAACUUAUAAAUCAACUGACAAGAGGUGACUAG